AUGACUCCUGUGUCUGGCACUGUUCUUCUGGGCCUUGUCCUCUGCAUCAUGGUCACCUGUGCAGCGAAGACUACAGAGCAGAGAGCUGUCAGGGUUCGGGUAAAGCGUGGCAUAUGUCCACUGGAUUUAGAUUAUCCCAAAUGUGACCCAGCAACCAUGACAGAGCGAGCACAGUGCCAGACUGACAGAGACUGCCCAGGACAGAGAAAGUGCUGCAUAUCGGGCUGCAGAUCCCGCUGUGUCCUCCCACUGCAACAAGGGGGUUGUCCUGCUUAUGACCCCUCCAUCUGUAUCUACACCAAACCUUUGCCCAAUGAGUGCCACCGGGAUGAUCAGUGCCCAGGUGCGCAGAGGUGCUGCUGCCUCAACUGUAGGCGCCAAUGCAUCGGAUCUCAGAGAGUAUUUAUUAGAAGUUCUGAUUAA